UUGCCGAAUGCAUUUUUCUGGAUGAUGCUCUUGUUUCUUUCUUUGACAACCGAUUUUACAUUGACGUUUACUUAAUACCAAAGUGCCAGAUUUGGGCUCUUGGGAUUUCAUCUUGACGUUGUCUCAGCCUUGAUUGCUCUCUUCAUCUGUUUUACUCGUCUUCAACCCUGUUGAUGGCUAUGCUCACAGUCAUGCCUGGCCACCCGACUACCGAUCACCCCUUGGCCUUCUCCACCUCACCAUCGUUCGACAUGCUAGACCUGCACCCACAUCUCAAAAACCGACGACGACGAUGCUCUUCCGAGCCCGUCAAAUCUCAUGCACAAACUUUAGUAUCUCCACCUAAAACACCAGCCCUUCCGUCCAAGCGUUAUCACCAGGUCAAACCUGGGGACACACUGGAAGGUAUAUGCGUGCUGUACGGGGUCAGCGUCUCGGAUAUGAAGAGGAUCAAUAGAAUUUGGAACCCCGGGGAAUUGUUUCUGAGAAAUGUAUUGGAAAUUCCCCUGUCGGGAGCACCGGUGGGCUCGGUUGCGGCUCUGCCAGCACAUCCACCGCAAGAUCAACAACAGACAACCAUAACACCAGAAGCAGAACCAAAGACGAUUACCCACCUCCUGACCCGAAUCGACCAGGACGUCCAGCAUGUUCUCACAUACCUUCCCAAACCUUCGCCUCCGACGCCCAAAAGACUGUACCCACCUCCACAGCAUUAUAGUCUGAAAUCUAAAACUCCGACCGCCUCACCUCGGGCAUCACCAAAACAGGUGCGUGUCAAGGUGCGGUCGAAUGUACCAGCGGCGGCUGUAAGCGAUGUGGAGACGAAGAAGAAGGACAAGGAAUCCGAAAAGGAACGGGACUCUGUUGAAGAGGUCAGAGAAAUGCAUCAGUGGGUUGAUAUGGUUGCGCUGGGAGCCUCGGCGGAAAACGCUGAGGCAUUGUAGUUUACGAUACCACCUGCAUGUUAAAGUAGGUUUUUUGGUAAACAGAUAGCAAUGUAGGCCUGUUGCAGUUGAUAAAGAUGUGGACAGUGAUGAUGAAUAGAGUAAUGACGGCUGUGGCUACCUAGCUAUGAGACAAGUGCUUUGGCACUAUAGUUUGCUAGCGUGGGUUUCCUGUUGCACCGCCGAGCCUGUAUGCCAAACAGUAAGCACUGAUAGAGCAAUCUCCACAAGAAGCAGAGUAAAUAAAUGAAACAUUACACAAUGUCUGACUUGGGUGGAGACGAUUCAU